AUGUCAGGUUGGAUGUCAUGGUUCGCAGGGAAGAAAGACACCCGAGAGGGAGCUAGGGAUGCCAUCGUGGGAUUGAGACAGCAAUUACUGAUGUUGGAGAAGAAGGAGGAACAUCUGAAUAAGAAGAUCGAAGAGGAGAUGAAGAAGGCUAAAGCGAAUGCUACAUCCAAUAAGCGAUUGGCGAUGGCUGCGUUGAGACAAAAGAAAGCGCAUGAGAAUGAGUUGGAUAGAAUCGCUGGUACGAGAUUGACUUUGGAGACUCAAGUCAACGCUAUAGAAUCAGCCAACUUGAAUGCCGAAACCAUGGUAGCCAUGAAGAAAGGCGCCGAUGCUCUUAAAGGUAUUCAUAGUAAUCUUACCGCCGAGGGAGUUGACGCUACGAUGGACAAGAUCAGGGAACAGAUGGAUCUCACAAAUGAAAUUUCGGAUGCUAUCUCCAAUCCUGUUGGUAUGGGUAUAGUACUUGAUGAGGACGACCUUAAAGAAGAACUCGAAGCAUUGGAGCAAGAACAGUUGGAUGAUAGACUCGCAGGUGCAGAUAGAGUACCAAGUCAUAUCCCAACAUCGCCCGUGGGUCAAACUGCAGGACGUGUUAACAAUACUGCUCAAGCGGAAGAGGAUGAUGAAGAAGCUCAAUUACGUCAAUUACAAGCUGAAUUGGCUAUGUAA